CAGCUUGCGCUGCAGCCCUUAUGGAACUGUCACUGUCAGGGUCGAAAUCGAUUUAGUUGAAAAAACAACCUGUACUAACGCAUAAAAUGCGACAGCAACACCGACGCAAAAGGCGACAAUUCUACUGCAGAGGAUGCAAACGAGGUAGAUUCUGCUAACGGUCGUGGUCGUCAGAAGUUUGGCUACUGACUAGCAUGACAGCGAGGGGCUUCUUUGCGGCCCUAAACAGCAUGACAGAUUCGCUUCCGGUUGUACGGGCGAAAUUUGUCAUGUGCCGACUUCUAUACUUUCUCAAUCUAUGGGCGUCUAACUGGAGGUUGUAGCGGUUUUAUGCAUAAUUUUUGCAAAUUUUUUAACUUUGUCGAUUUCAAUCCUGACGCUUCCAUAGCCCUCAUCGACUGAAUAAUGCCUCGUCCUCGACGCGAAGAUCAUCUGCGGAGAGCGGAGAACGUAAACAAGAAAGCGCGGCCGUGCCAGGAGCUUUGGUCGUGCCGGAGAAUCUAUGCAGUCCUGUGACCGGCCUACGGGCCGCGGGUGCGGGUGCCGCAGCUGCUGCUGGAUCUGGCUCUGGUUGUUCAUCGGGUGGAACAUCAACCCAUGUCGUAAAUACAGAUGAAGAUCAUAGCACUACACCGGCCAGGGUGGAACUGCAUCAAACCGAGACAGAAAAAACAGGUAGUUCAUCUUCUGGCAGCGCGACCUCCGACAUUUCCUCGGACCGCGCCCCCCUGAUGAAUUCCUACACAAGAACUCCGCCUCCAGAUAUUCGACCUGGUGCGUACACUCGAUUUUUGUCUGUUGCCAAGCAGAUUUUUCUCAGGGAACCGCACGCGCUUGCAGUUCUGUUGCGCCGCACGCUUCAGCCGGGCGUCAUUAGGAAAGGGACAGCGGGGCGAGCGGUUGUAUCACCGCUCCAGCUAUCGUCGCUCAAUUCCGGAAAUCAUAGUCAUGUUCCUUUGAAGAUGCUGCCCUUGACGGUGGGGCAGAAUGACCCGGAUCAACUAUGGAACGGCCUGGAAAAGCUGCGCCAAAGCGCGGACCGGCAGUUUGCCAAGGUCCGGUGCGAUCGCGGCUCGCCCGACGGCUACGCCGGAGGGUAUGACCACCCACUCUCGUUCGAUAACUCGAGAAGCACUUUGGUCACGGAACUCUACGCAAACUCGUGGGAGCGGGCGCUAAACGGUAUGUAAAAAUGCUGUAAGUAUGUAGUAAAAGACCAAAAAAGAAGAAGUUGUUGAGCUGAUUUAUUUGUUCUGUUUUAUUUCAUAUGGCAAUGGCAAUAAAAUGCAAAUGGAGCUAUCACGACCCUGUGUGAUCAAUCAUUCCUUCCACACAGGUGUUCUGCAGGCCACGGUGACGAGCAGAAUGCUACUUUUUGUCAAAGGCCUCGCCAUAUGCAUUGCAAAUAUCGAUCUGGGUCUGGAAGGAUGCAAGGUUUUUCGUGCUUGUCUGGCAUGACUGAAAAGUUUGUGACGCCGCGUGUCCAAGAAGACACCCUUUGCUUGGCUUGUCAUGCAAAAACGCAGCUUGUCAUGCAGAAGGCGCAAUAAUACUAAGCCGCGCAAAUAUUUCUCAUGCUUGGCUGUGCCUUGCAGAGCAUUCAUCAUUUGCAGCUGCAUAGCAUCACAAGUUUCCAGAUGCAGACAUAUUUGCAUUGGAUACGCCACCAUUCCCCUCGGCCCUUUCGACAACAUUCAGUUUCGAGGGCGGAACACAAAGAAAAUUCUAAGUGGGCUGCUGUCGUCCGCAUUUGUGAUUUGCGGAAAUGUGUACCACACGACGAUCCACCAUUUUCUUACCGACGCAAAGCUGCAAAAGAAUCUCCUUCGCUUCGCACGAGUCAUAUUCCGUUAUGCCGCCCGGAAUACGAGGUCGAGACAGGCAACAUCUUCGUCCUCGGUUCUUUCAUCUACAAGUUCUACUUUCGCCGGUUUCUUCGAGCCUUGGGUGCUAUCAAAAUCAAAACAGAUCCCCCCACCUCAUACUCAAACUGGAAAUUUGUGAUGCUGAUUUGUGGCCGCAAAUCAUGUUCUGUUGUCAUGCUAGAAGGCACCAAAAGAUGCGGACUGUAGGGCUGGCUGGCGUGCUGGGAAGGCCUUGCAUCUAGCUACUUCAGCGCGACAGGAGGCAACUGGAAGUAGUGGGAAACAGCAUGUUGACAAAUUGUCUCCAAACAAGGCCACAACUGCGUCUCUUGUCGCUCUUUUAGCAAUACAAACCGAUAAUUUGUGUACGCGCUACAUCCAGCAGCACAAAUUUCCUGUCCGAUAUGGGGAGUUUGGGGGAUUUUUCCUCACAAUAGGUCCCGGACGCUGUUCUGUUGUCCAGUCUUGCCUAUCGGGAUAUCGUCCUGGGUCUGGACAGCGGCGGCGGGGGGCCAAAAAAAUUUCUUCUCCGCCUUCUCAAUGGCGCGGCGGAAACGACUACGA